AUGAACCACCGGAGACCCACUCCUCUCACCUCUAUCCAGGAACAGAAUGAAGCACAAGAAGAUGACCUUGUCACAAAAGUCGAGAAGAAAGUUUCCCAUGCCUUGACAGUCCUCUGGGCAGAUCUACCCUCAUGGCAACAAGACAAUCACUAUAUCCACUCGGGCUAUCGACCAGCAAGCGGUUCCUUCUAUCAGUCCUUCUCCUCUCUGUCAUACAUCCACAAUGAGACCGUAAACAUCUACACCCAUCUCUUGGGCGCUGCCGCAGCCUUGGUCUGUUCUGUCUAUCUACAUGCACUCAUCAAACCGAGGUAUGCUAGAGCGACUUUCGAGGACGUUGUCGUCUUUGGGUGCUUCUUCGGUGGUGCUAUCGCUUGUCUAGGCAUGAGUGCCACUUAUCAUACCAUCUCCAACCAUUCUCCAAAAGUCAACAAGAUUGGAAAUCAACUCGACUACGUCGGAAUAGUGUGUUUGAUCUGGGGCAGCUUUAUCCCGAGUAUUUUUUAUGGCUUUACUGGAGAGCCGGGGUGUAUUGCUGUGUAUUGGUCAAUGAUCACCCUCAUCGGUAUCGGCUGCGCGGUUGUGUCUAUCAUGCCCAGCUUCAGGACACCCAAAUGGCGCCCAUUCCGGGCAGGCAUGUUUGUUGCCAUGGGUGCAAGUGCUGUAAUUCCAGUGCUGCAUGGCAUCUCGUUGUUCGGAAUCACUCAGCUCGAGCGACAAAUGGGUCUCUCUUGGCUUGUAUUGCAAGGCGUACUGUAUGUGUCUGGAGCUGCAAUUUACGCUGCUCGAUUCCCAGAACGUCUGAGACCUGGCACUUUCGACAUUUGGGGCAGCUCGCAUCAGAUCUUCCAUGUCUUGGUAUUAAUUGCUGCGGCAUCUCACUUUGUCGGUCUCGUCAAGGCGUUUGACUACGAACACAGUGCACGAGGUCAAGCCGACAAACUUGCCUAUGGGUUCAGUCGCAUCUUUCCAACCAGCUAG